AUGAGAAGUGCUGCUGUGAUAUGCAUGCUCGUCGGGACCAUCUCGGGAUUUACGAUCUCCUCGAAAACUGGAACAAAGAGGUAUUUGGUUAAGGGAGGAACCUGGCUGAGCCCGGAUUACAAGAUAAACUAUCAACUAGCAGCCAUGUCUAGUUCUGGAACCGCUGUGGAAUUCCAGACGGAAGAGAUAUCUCCAGGCACCAAGAUUAUAAAGGAGGUCGGCACUAACGAUGUCCUGGACCUUCAUCACCCAAAAAGUGGACAGACAAAGCUUAUUUUCCACAGCCAAAAUACUGGAAACACACAAAAGUUUGAGAUUGGAGGAGACGAGAAGAGUGGAUAUUACCUGAAGAACAACGGGAAGUGCCUGGAGUACGACGGGGCUGGUAACAUGUACGGCACUGCCUGUUCCUCAAACCCGGAGCAGAAGUUUGAUAUUGUCUACUCUCCUGAGGACCCGGAAUAUAAGCCUCCUGUUGAAGCGCCAGAAGCUCCUACCACCGAAGCUGGAGGAGAGGGCUUCAACAAUCAGGUUGCAUCUGAAAAUCCCAGUGCACAAACAGGGCUCGGAAACCUCAACAUCAGAGCACCACAGAUAGUUAUAUUUAAUGAAAAAAGAGGGCAUCACGCCCAUUCGCAACACCAUAAACACCAUGAGGGGGAGUCUUCUCUAUAUAGUAACAACGGUGACUAUCUCAUUGUAUGA